GGAUGUGGUGGCCUCUAAUAUGGAUGGGUUUUAUGUUAACUUGUUGUCCAGUGACAACCAUGUACUAGAUUGGGAUGAAGACAAUGAAUUGGUUAGCCCCCCUGAGGAGCAGCUACCAGCAGUUGAAGAAUUGACUCCCACUGCGAGACCAAACCAGAAAAGGUCGAAGAAUUUUAGCGAAAAAGAAGAUGAAUUAUUGGUGUCGGCAUGGCUGAAUAUUAGUAUGGAUGCUGUUCAAGGCAACGACCAAUCACGGUCUACAUAUUGGAAGCGAAUUCAUGACUACUUCCACUCCAACAAAGACUUCAAUUCGGAUCGCACUCAGAGUUCUCUAAUGCAUCGUUGGUCUCAUAUUCAAGAAAAUGUAAACAAGUUUGUUGGCUGUCUUUCCCGGAUUGAGGGGCGAAGGCAAAGCGGGGUUACAAUUGAAGAUAAGAUGUUGCAGGCAUGUACUCUCUUCAAAUCCGAAGAUAAGAACAAUAAGUCAUUCAUGUACAUGCAUUGCUGGAACCUCCUAAGAACCCAACCAAAGUGGGUUGCUAGGUUGGCUCAAGUCUCAUCUCAGAAAUCUUCUCAAAAGAAACAGAAGACCACCCUCAAUUCAAGUCCGGGUACAUCUAGUCCAAGUACCCCAGAUGAUAGUGGAGCGGCAACUCCAAAAUAUGAGGUGUCAACACGACCAUUGGGGAGGAAAAAAGAGAAAGAAAAAUUACGCCGAGGUGGAGAUGUUGUGUUCAUGGAUGCAAUGGAUAAUCUAUGGGCAAAGAAGAAAGAGAUGGAUGCGGAGAAAGAGCUCAAGAAAGAGGAAAGAUACAAACAAGCAUUUGCACUUGAACAAGAGAGAUUAGCACUAGAGCAAGUGAGGGUUGCAACCGAGAAAGAACAACUUGAGGUAAAGAAGCAAGAGGUAGAAUUGAAGAGGAUGGUAGAAGAAGAGAGAAUUAUGGCUAUUAACAUUACUGGUAUGUCCGAGACACAACAACGGUACUACAGGAGUUUGCAGAAUGAGAUCAUGACUCGCCGAUGUAGUGGCUCAGGUUAA